UGGGGGUAUGCCGGCUGAGAUGAAAGAUGCUGACUAAUGGUCCGGUACAAAAGCAUCCUCCCUCUGGAACGCUGAUGCACUGCUCUGCUAUCCACCGGCUACAGACACACUCACAGAGGUAGAUUCCACUGUUCUACUGCACCAGAGGGAGCAUAUUUCUGUGGAUUUCUGACACGCUGACCACUCGAUUCUACCAUGAUGUCACUUGCUCUCGAGGAGACUGUAAUCUCUUUGGAGGCCAGACUGCGAGCCAGUGAGAAGACUGUGGAGGACCAGAGGGGCAUCAUUAGGGAGCUGAAGGAGAAGCAGGAUGAACAGGCUGCCAUGCUGAAGGAGCUGAAGAAGGAGCAGGUGGAGAGGAGGGUGUCUUUCUCUGCCUCCCUGCGAGACCUGGGGGAUGCUGGGAGCAUGGGGCCUGACGAGGAGGAAAUCACUCUCAUCUAUCAGCAUGUUAUAACCAACAUCGGUGGGGCCUACAACCCUGACACAGGUGUGUUCAAAGCUCCACUCAAGGGUGUCUACCUGUUCACCGUCUUCGCUUUGGGUCAAGGUCACGGGUCUACCGGCACUGGAGUCUGUCUCCAUAGAAACGGCGAGCACGUUGUGACAGCAUGGAGUCGGCAGCCAAGCGACCGGGUGUCUGCGUCCAAUGGAACGUCUCUGCUUCUGGAGGAGGGGGACGAGGUGUGUGUGAAGCUCUGGCCCAACUCCUGGGUGUACGAUAACGACAACCAUCUCACCACCUUUUCUGGUCACCUGCUCUUCCCCAUGUGAAUCCGUCAGAUGGGAGUCCCUCAGUGUGUCAGCUUCUAGCCUCUAUAAGGCCAAACAGAGUUGCAAAGCAAAGGUGCAAAGUCUUAAGCGGUAGAUUUAUCACACUAAUCUUACAGCUGUGACCCCUGAGAAUCUUUCCUCACCACAAAUGCCACCCAUUGAGUUGACUGAAUAAAGGAGAAACACAGCACGUUUUCCCAUAGAGCUCCAUUAUGUUCAAGGUCUCUGAGUACUGUCAUUAUGAAAGAAACAACGAAAAUAAUCAGCCAGUAAGCUACAAUGCUACACUCUGGGGGCAUGUCCGUGACAGUACUUGGUGACCUCAAGAAAUCAAGAAAGAAAUGUACUUAGUUGUGUUUAUAGGUUUUCAGUUUCCCCUCUAUACUCCCUCAGGGGCACAUCUCACAGUAAUAUUACACAGAUGAGAUAGAUAGAUACUUUAUUGAUCCCAUGAUGUUUACUGCCUCAUAUAGAUCAAAUGCUGGUUUUGUCACUUUGUUCUCUUUGGCUAGCUUACUUCUAAAUGACUGUUUGGACCUAAAGCUGUGAUGUAUUAUUAACUGUUCCAAUAAACAUGUUAUGGCUAUGAA